AUGAUUAUUUGGCGUGAUAAUAAAGAAUUUAUAAACAAAGGAUACGAAAUUCGUGGGGCAUUACAAUCGAUUAAGAAGCAGUUUUUAAGAUACCUAUUCACAAUUUUUGUUGAAUUUUUUAUUAUCUCGGUGAUCUUGUUUUGCGGUAGUGAUGCUAAAGAUGAACCUACGUUCAAGGGCCCGGACUCCAACGUGACGGUGGUGGUGGGCAGGGACGCCACCCUGACCUGCACAGUGGAAAAUCUGCAAAAUUACAAGGUGGCUUGGUUACGCGUUGACACCCAAACUGUUUUAACUAUUGGUCCCCACGUCAUAACGAAGAACCACCGAGUGGGGGUCAUCCGGGGGGACCCCCAAGUGUGGGCGCUAACCAUAAGGGACGUACGGCUGUCUGACGCUGGAGACUAUAUGUGUCAGGUCAAUACAGAGCCUAUGAUCACGCAGACACACCAUCUUCAUAUCGCUGUACCACCAGAUAUCGUCAGUGGGAGUAAUGGUGAGGUGAUGGUUAGAGAAGGGGACAAUGUGUCCCUGCACUGUGAUGCAGCCGGCACCCCCCAGCCCACCAUCACUUGGAGGAGGGAGGACUCCAUGGAGUUUAAGGUCAAAGGCCAGAAUGUGAGCAAAUGGAGCGGCGUGUGGUUGAACCUAACGACCGUGAUGCGACACAUAGAUGGCGCUUUCCUCUGCAUCGCCACUAAUGGAAUACCGCCUUCUGUCAGCAAAAGGAUUCUUCUACAUGUUCUAUGUAAACCGUCGGUGAUAGUGUCUCAGAAGAUGAUAGGCGGUUACCUUGGAGAAUCUGUGGUGCUCCAAUGCAAGAUUGAAGCGAAUCCCACCCCAGUCAUCUAUUGGACUCAUCUCGAUGGAUACAAACUACAAAAUGGUUCAAAGUAUCAAGCCGUCACAAGUUCGCAGAGCUACAGACACGUUGCCCUAAUAAGAAUCAACAACGUUUCGCGAGAUGACAUCGGCCCCUACCAUUGUACCGCGGAGAACUCGCUGGGAACCGCGCGAGAUGACGUCACACUCUACACGUUGGUGACGACUACGGUCACAAGCACAUCAACGGUGAGAAUAGAAACUACUUUGAAGGAGAUGGAAACGACCACUACAUUUCAACCUUAUGCUGAAUUAGAGGAAGAGCCGCAUGACGACGUGGAAGCAGACAACUUCGUAGUAGUGCUGAGUCAACAACAAAUGCAGAACUUGGGUGAGACUUGACAUCUUCAUUACUAGGUGUUACCC